CAAAACCUUCCGUUACGAACUUGUGAGCAACCAUGAAUAUGGCCCAACCCUGCAAACCCAGACCGAGUGAGAGAGCUGUGGUUUCUUUAAAAAAAAAAAAAAAAAACAGAUCGGUCGCCUCUUCCUCGGCUUCCGCUAAACAUCGCCAUUCCAUAAGAGGGGCGCUCCAGCUUUGGACCUACUAACCCUAAUUCUCAACAAUUUUCCCCGCGCUAAAAAAAGCCUGGGGAAGAAUCAACCUUCUUCCAAUUCUUGUCGUCAAUCCCCCAAUCCAGUCGUCCAUGUCUCAAACAUGUUUAAUACUCGCCAGCUCACUUCUCUUGCUCCUCUUCAUUCCUAUAGCGUCUUCGUCGUUGCCCCUUUCUUCAUCUGGAUCGCGCUCUCUUCUUCGGGCUUUAACCGGCGGCAAGCCUGCCGGAGUCGAUUACGCCGUCGAUUUGAACGCCACCAGCUUCGAUGCGGUUCUCCGAGACACUCCAGUUACUUACGCCAUCGUUGAGUUCUUCGCCAAUUGGUGUCCUGCAUGCCGAAAUUAUAAGCCUCAAUACGAAAAGGUUGCAAGGCUGUUCAAUGGUCCUGAUGCAGUUCAUCCUGGCAUUUUAUUGAUGGGAAGGGUUGAUUGUGCAUCAAAGAUAAACAGUGACCUCUGUGAUAAGUUCUCCGUGAGUCAUUAUCCUAUGCUAUUUUGGGGCCCACCCUCCAAAUUUCCUUCUGGUGGCUGGCAACCUACAGAAGAGAAAAGUGAAAUUCUUGCAAUUGAGGUUGAGGAUGCACGGACGGCCGACAAAUUGAUUGCUUGGAUAAACAAGAAACUUGGGAGCUCAUACAGUUUAGAUGAUGACAAUUUCGAAAAUGAGCAUCUUCCAUCAAACAUCUCAGACCCUCAACAGAUUGCUCGUGCUGUGUAUGAUGUCGAGGAAGCAACAGCAAGUGCCUUUGAAAUCAUAUUCAAACACAAGAUGAUCAAAUCUGAAACUCGGGCUUCCUUAAUUAAAUUCCUUCAAAUUUUAGUUGCACAUCAUCCUUCUAAGAGGUGCCGGGAGGGUAGUGCAGAAGUGCUAGUAAACUUUGACGAUUUGAAUCCGCCAGACACAUGGCUGGCUAGUGAGCAGGAGGCUAUUGAUAAUGGCAAUGCUGUGCUGGGAACUUUUCGCAUUUGUGGAAAAGAUAUUCCUCGAGGAUACUGGAUGUUCUGCCGCGGAAGCAGGAAUGACACAAGGGGCUUCAGCUGUGGGUUAUGGGUGCUGCUGCACUCUCUAUCUGUUAGAAUCGAUGAUAAAGAGAGCCAGUUUGCAUUUACAACAACAUGCGAUUUCGUGAACAGCUUCUUUGUUUGUGAGGAGUGUCGCCAACAUUUUCACAAGAUGUGUUCAAGUGUUAAAAGUCCCUUCGGUACAUCUCGGGACUUCGUCCUUUGGUUGUGGAGUACACAUAAUAAAGUUAAUGAGAGAUUAAUGGAGGAAGAGGCAUCGUUGGGGACUGGCGACCCCAAGUUCCCCAAGAUGAUUUGGCCUCCGAAACAACUUUGUCCUGCAUGUUAUGGCUCUAACAACAAGGCUAAGGAUAGACGCAAUGAGGUUGACUGGGACAUGGAUGAAGUGUACAGAUUCUUGGUGGACUUCUAUGGCAAAACACUGGUUUCAUUGUACAAGAACAAGGAUGUGGGGCAUGAAGUGCUCUCUGGCUCUAGCGAGGACACAGUGGCAUCAACGAAUGCAGUUGUUGUGCCGGUAGGAGCUGCAUUGGCGAUUGCUCUAGCGAGCUGCGCUUUCGGUGCUCUUGCCUGCUACUGGAGGUCACGGCAGAAGAGUCGGAAGUAUUACCACCAACUACACUCUUUAAAGAACAUUUAGAAUCUUAGGAGGUUAAUGGAAACAAAGUACAAUUCAAAAGAAAAGUGACUAAAGAAAGAUAUAUAAAAAAUGUUUAUGAUGAGGUUGAGUUUUCUCAUCUUUGAUUAUUUUGUUCUUGCCUACAUUUUCAGGCCAAGGCGGAAGCCAGAACUGUAAGGUAGUUUAGAAGUCUGGUCGAAACGCAAAUACAGGAGAGAUUUUGUGUGGGUGGGGGCCUGAAACCAGGCUCAUGAUGAGAAUAGGAUUGUCCCCAAAAAGACUACAGUUGCUUCUUCCCUUGCAUUUCCCAGACUGCACUCUCCAAGGUCCUUUCUUGUUACUAUUUUGUUGGCCCUCUGUCAAGUUCAUGUGGCCUGAUGUUGUACAGAUUUAUAUACCCACCAGCUGUAAUCCUUUUUGUUUCUGCAUUUGGGUUUUCUUGAUUUUGGUUAUCAAAACUGCGGACCUAAUAGACAAUUGCCGACCAGGACCAAUGGUAUAUUUCUACCCAGGUCCAAUGGUAUAUUGCUGCGUAAGGUGAUGCCAACCUGGGAUCGUCUUGUUUGUGACGAUUUAAGCAAUUUAUUUGUCUCAUGUUCGAAGAAAAUGGUGACUUGGAUACUAGUUGGUUGACAUUAUUCAAAUACAGAUUUCUAUGCGGUGACGGAAUAUGUGAG